AUGUUGAAGGGUAUGGUUAGCUUAGUGACGGGAGGAGCUUCAGGCCUUGGUAGAGCUACAGUAGAGAGACUUGUUAAGAAUGGCGGCAAGGUAGUAAUUUUUGAUAUUCAAAAAACAAGAGCUCAGAAAGUUGCUGAAGAACUUGGAGACGAUGUUGUUGUGACGAACGGUUGUGUAACAUCAGAAGAAGAUGUCAAGAAAGCACUAAAAGUAGUAUCAGACAAGUAUGGUCGCCUGGACACGUUAGUCAAUUGUGCAGGACAGUCCACAGCAUACCAAAUAUACAAUUUCCAGAAAGAUAUGGCAUGUCAGCUAGAGCAUUUUAGUCGACUCGUAAAUGUAAACACAGUAGGUACAUUCAACGUCAUACGAUUAUCAGCUGGUCUAAUAGGCAAGAAUGCACCCGAUAAGAAUGGUCAAAGAGGAGUCAUAGUUAAUACAGCUUCAACAAUUGCUUACGAAGGAGACAUAGGACAAGCAGCAUAUGCAGCUUCGACAGCAGCUAUAAUUGGCAUGACAUUACCCUUAGCGAGGGAUUUAUCAUCACAGGGCAUCCGGGUGAUGACCAUUGCCCCAGGUGUAUUCGACACUCCUCUAGUCCAAUACCUACCACAGAAGAUGCUUGACUUUCUAAAGCGAAUGACACCAUUUCCUUCAAGGCUCGGCAAACCAGACGAAUUUGCUCACUUAGUGACCAGUAUAGUGGAAAACCCAAUGUUGAACGGAGAAGUGAUAAGAUUAGAUGGUGCGCAAAGAUGGUUCCCCUUGUAG